GUUUUGACCUAUUCUGUCCUAGAGAGUCUAUCUAGCCGACCGUCUUCAAAGCCGCCGCCGCCGCCGCCGCAGCUUCCAUGCCCACCGUUAGCGUUGGAAGAGAUCGGCUCUUUGAAGCUCUGGGUCGCACUUACACUGAAGAUGAAUUUGAAGCAUUGUGUUUCGAUUUCGGCAUUGAGCUUGACGACGUAACCACAGAAAAAGCAAUUAAACGGAAAGAACAACAUUUAGACGAAGAAGAAGCAUCUGAAGAUGAAGAAAUUAUAUACAAAAUCGAAGUUCCUGCUAACAGGUAUGAUUUACUUUGCCUUGAGGGGCUAGUUCAAGCCCUUCGCAUUUUUAGUGGGCUUGAUCCCAUUCCUACAUAUAAGGUUGCAAAUGUCAAUGAAGAAUCCAUGCUAGAAAUGCAUGUAAAGGCAGAGACAUCAAAAAUACGACAGUAUGUUGUCUGUGCUAUUUUGAGGGGUUUAACUUUUGAUGAAGCAAGAUAUGCUAGCUUUAUUGAUCUUCAAGAUCGACUUCAUCAGAAUAUUUGCCGGCGAAGAACAUUGGUUGCCGUUGGGACUCAUGACCUGGAUACAAUAGAAGCUCCGUUUACAUAUGAGGCUUUGCCUCCCUCAGAAAUCAGCUUUGUUCCAUUGAAACAGAAAGAGAGUUUCAGAGCUGAUAAGCUGAUGGAAUACUACAAAGAGCAUGAUCUUAAAUUGAAGAAGUUUUUACACAUAAUUGAGAAUUCACCAGUUUUCCCUGUUAUAUACGACAAUAACAGAACUGUAUUAUCUUUACCUCCCAUUAUUAAUGGUGCACAUUCUGCCAUUACCUUAAAAACAAGGAAUGUUUUCAUUGAAUGCACAGCCACAGAUUUGACAAAGGCCAAUAUAGUUUUGAACACGAUGGUGACAAGCUUUUCAGCUUACUGUGAAAAGAAGUUUGAAGUUGAACAAGUUAAAAUAAUAUAUCCUGAUGGAAGAUUGUAUAUUUCUCCGGACCUAUCACUAUACCAAAUGGAUGUACCUUUGUCAUACAUUAACAGUGUAGUUGGAGUAUCAUUGCCUGAAGAUCAAGUAGCAGAUCUAUUGCAUAAAAUGCAAUUGCAUGCUAAGAAAUCAGUUUCAGAAAAAGAGGAAGUCAAGUUUAUUGUUUCUGUCCCCCCAAGUAGAAGUGAUGUUCUUCAUGCUUGUGAUGUGGCUGAGGAUGUUGCAAUUGCUUUUGGCUACAAUGAAAUUCCAAAAAGAAAGCCUGCAUCUUUGAGGCCCCUCUCUCUUAGCCAACUAAGUGAUCUAAUUAGAAUGGAGGUAUCAAUGGCUGGUUACACAGAGGUGCUGACGUGGAUAUUGUGUUCUAAAAGAGAAGUUGCCUCCCUGCUGAGGCGUGGAGAAGACAAUUCAGCAGUUGUAAUUGCAGAUUCUCGCACUUCUGAAUUUGAGGUUGUAAGAACACGUCUAAUGCCAGGCAUACUAAAAACAGUUGGACACAAUAAGGACCAUCCCAAACCUAUGAAGAUAUUUGAAGUUGGUGAUGUAGUCCUUGUAGACAACACCAAGGAUGUUGGUGCUCAAAACCAUUGGCAUCUUGCUGCGUUGUAUUGUGGAGCCAACUCAGGAUUUGAGCUAAUACAUGGUCUAGUUGAUAGAAUAAUGGAAGCGACUGGAUAUUCAUUUGUGUCACAUGGUGAUACUUCAGGCUACUACAUUGAAAGUUCAGAUGAGCCUGAACUGCUUAAAGGAAGACAAGCCAGUAUCAUUUGCCAAGGAAAGCACAUAGGGAACUUUGGCAUUGUGCAUCCAGAGGUCCUUACAAACUUCGACAUUCCUGAUCCUUGCUCCUUUGUUGAGCUCCACUUGGAGAAACUCUUCUAGUUGCCGGUCCGUGUUACCAAUCAGGCGGCAUCAAUUGAGAAUGGCCACAAUUCAGACUUCACAUAUAGAUCUUUCUUUGGCUGCUGUGUGUUCGACCCCGAGCACUUCAAGCGGUGUAAUUUGUUAUUUUGGAUACUAGUAGACUUUUUGCAUUUCUUUAACUUUAAUGCAUCUUUGAUAUUGUUUUGUUUUGUACAUCAAUUGAUCAACCUUAACUUGGUAAGUUUUGAAUGAGAUUGGUUGUUCAAAUCUGUAUUAGACAUGAAAGAGAAACAAUGGAUUUUGAAUGGAG